AUAUCAUUUUGGCCUUUUUAUUGAAUCUGCAUAUAUCGCCAAAUAGAAAUGGACAAGGAUUUUUUAACAGUGAUUUUGCAGCGAGAGAAGGAGAAAAUUAUCUUAGCAAUGUGAUGAGAGUGAAGCUUCAUGUUCUGAUGAAGUCCGGACGGAAAUCCCACAUUUCGCUGAUCAUUAAAGAUUUUCCUGACGGAGACGAAAAACAGCAGAUGGUUACCGAUAUGGGUGUUUUUCGCAGAGAGAUUCAGAUAUUUAAGACGGUGCUGAAAGAAAUGGAAAAUCUGUUGAGUGAAACGGACUACAAAAGUGAAAAACUUUGGCCAGACUUGAUUGGCUACCGACCAUACCGAACGAUUAUUUUUGAAGAUCUUGCGGAAACGAACUACAGAGUGCCGCCGAGAAAAGACUGCCAAGACUUAAACCAUGCCAUACUCACGAUGGUGGAGUUGGCGAGGUUUCACGCACUUUCGAGGGUUCUUAUCAGAAGAGGGAUUUUAGUAAAACAAGAUUUUCCAAAAUAUCUCUUGUGUGACCGCAACUUUUGUACAAAUACUGGAAAGCCUAGUUUAGUGAGAAUGGGUGAGAUCCUUCAAGAGUCUUGGGGUAAAGAAUGGGAAAAUUUAGGUAAAAGAUUGGUUAAUUGUCCAGAAAAAAUAAUAAAUGAUUUAAUAAAUGAUAAUGAAAAUUGCGAUAAGAAGUAUUACGUUCUCAACCAUGGGGAUGUUUGGACGUGCAACAUGAUGUUCAAGUACAGCGUCUACGAAGAUAAACCGAUUGCUCUCAAAUUUGUAGAUUACCAAUUGUGCCACAUUAACUCGUUCGCCUGGGAUUUGACCUUCUAUUUGUAUACAAGCGUAGAAGCUGACGUGAGGAGGAAAAACAAAGAUACACUUCUCAAAAGAUACGCUGAUAGUCUUAAGUCUGAGUUGGUGAGGUUCGGAGUAGACGAGAAAGAAAUACCUUCCUUCCAAGAAAUUAACGCAGAAAUGGAACGGAUUAAAGCUUUUCGAGUUAUGAUUAUUUGUUUUUUCCAUCCUGUAAUGACAUAUGAAUCAGGUGAUGCGUAUGAUCUUGAUAAAAGCUUGUUAUCUGAGCAAACAGUGGCACCAAAAGACGAAUGUUUUCUCAGUGAACGAUUCAAAGCUAGAGUGGGCGCAGACAUUAGACAAUUUGCUGAAAAUGGAAUUAUAUAACUGAAAAAAAGUUAUCCAGAUAAUUGCCGAUUCAUUCUUUGGAUAUGUAUGUCUAAAAUAGUCCGUCGAUUGACAAUAAGUGAUUCUUACGGUUGAUGUUGCGAACUAGCACACUUUAAUGCUCAGCACCCGCUUAUACAAGCAAAUACGUACGAACACUCUAAAAAAAUUACAGCACCCACACGCAAAACAAACACUUUUUUCAUUGUUAAAUAAUAUAAAUCCUCUUUAGUUACUAAUGGGAUUUGAUGAUUACAAUAAUAAUAUUAUAAUAUUUUUA